AUGAUCGCUGUGAAGACUUGCAAAAGAGAGCCGCUUCAAGUCUUUGUUCACUGUUACGCGAUGAACCACACUCUUGUAUAUGCCAUUGCUCAUGACUUCUACCUGAUCUCCCAGCUGAACUAUCAGAGCUCCUUCGAUAUACGGCACACAGACCCAGGUUGGAUGGCCACAGAUCGAUCCACUUUGAGAGAGGAUAGACCAGAAGCAUCUUCUCUUCGGCAGGCCGUUUCAAUCUCAUGGAUGACACGGGGUCUAAGCAAAGGAUCGUGUAAGAGGGAGAGAUCAAUGACAGGAAGAUCGAUGGUAGCGGAACCAAUGCUUGGACCGAGCAUCGGUCGUUGUGAAGGCGGAAGAAUGGACAAAGAAGGAGAAGAUAAAAGUGUGAGAAAGUGGGGAGAUUCAAUGGAAGGAGAAAGAAGGAAAUGAAAAAAAAAAAAAAAAAAAACAAGAAAACCAAUAAGAGGUGACAAGUUGAGAGAGACAGAUCCAACUUGGUGUCUCCAAUUCCCAUCUGCCACACUUCAUUUUCCCAAAGUUUGUCUUCAAAAACAACAUCCUCCUUUUGUAUAUACACACAUUUUCCAAACUUUGAGUCUCCCUUCUAAAAAUGCGUUGACUUUGAUUUAUGUCGGUAUUGGGCCCGCCGAAUGCUGACCCAACCUUUAGAUAAUGGGCCUUAGAGACUCAACAUUGGCCAUGUAUUUAUCCGCCUAUUUAGAAAUUCGUUAGUCAAAAAUACGCGUAGAAAUUAGAAACUUGUUGCUAAAAUACUUUAUUUUUUUAUGUGAAAAAAA